AUGCUGCGCCUUGCAACUCUACGAUUCUCCACGACUGCCUGCAGCGGCACUGGUGUCCCCGCCGCAGUCGGUUGUACUGGAAGCUCUGGUCAUCAUAUAAACUCGCAGCAACGCGUACUGCAGAUCAACUCCCCCAUGUCCCUCCUACGCAUGUGCUACCGCAGCAUUGACAUCACAGUCAAGUCUCGCCACGCCCGCACCUUUCUCAAAAAGCAGUUGAUGAGGCAGUGGGCAGAGAGGAGCAAGGAGACAAACCCUGCGAAGCAGCGCUUCUACAUGGAUUUGGCCGGCUCUUUUCUACAGGCACUGCACACGGAGCGGAACCCCAAGCCGGGCAAAAUUGUGAACUUUCAGCUCUCUCGCCAGGUCGCUUAUGAACAGAAGCUGGCGGAGCGCGAGAAAAGCCCCAGGACGCGGCGGGUACGGCACAUGCCAAAGGAGGUGACGACGCAAGAUCAUUAG